AUAAUAACAAUAAUAAUAAUAAUUGAUUGCGUCAAUAACAUUUAUUAUGAAGCUACAAUAACUUAGAGAGGGAUUUUCUCCAAAUGCUAUUUCAGCCAGCUAAUCUGGUCGCUCAUUACACGCACCCAUACUACAAGUACUUGAAACGGAACGACCGGUUUUCAAGGUCGUUGGAGUGAUAUAGUGGCAAUUUUGAUUCUAGAUCUUUAGUCCACUUGCAAUUAUGAGUCUUUCGGAAGAUGACUCUACUUCAGAUGAAGAAUAUAUCCCUCCAGUUAAAGCUUCUAAAUUGGAAGAAGACUCUGAAAGCGAAUACAGCGAUGAGUCAGAAUCAGGAAACUCAGAUUGUAUUAGUGAUAGUUUCACUGGUCAGGCAAAUGAAAAACGUCCUGCUAAAAGGAACUCGAAACAAUCCAAGAUUUCCGACUGUUCACCGCUUUCCGCUGCCGAGGAUGUGAAAGCCUACGAAGAUAAAGUGUGGGACGAGUUUUUAAAAUCCGGUAGUACCGAGAAAUCUAAUAGCAGUGAAAAAGUAAAUGUUGUAAAAAAGUAUCAGUUUGCUGGAGAAGAAGUUGAAGUCAUCCAAACAGUUUCAAACUCGAAUCGAAGUAUCUUACAGAAUAAAACUUCAAGCGAGACAAAUCCUCUCAGACCAAAAGCACCGCAUUUGGGACUCGGUUUAUCUAACGCUCUACAAAACUUGAAAUCUACGAUAAACAGCCUACCCAGGUUGUCCACCUUAGAAAAAUCGCGUCUUGACUGGAAGCAAUAUGUAGAGAAAGAAUCUCUUGAAGAUGACCUCAAAGCCCACAACAAAGGGAAAGAAGGGUAUCUGGAAAGGCAAGCAUUCUUCAACAGAGCAAGUGAACGUGAAUAUCAAUAUGAACGACAAUUAAAAAAGUCAACAUCGAGUCGGAAAACCUGAAUACGACUAUGCACAUAGUUCGUUUAUCAACGGAAUGUUGCAGUUAUUUAUCAGGAAUGGUACUCAAAUGUUUAUGCCCACUCAGUCUCACACUUCAGUGUAUUUAUAUGAUGCAAAUAGUUGUGGUUAAUUAUACUGGCAAUAAAAAAGUUAUAUAUAAAAAAGAGUUAU